AUUGCCGUGACAAAACAACCUUCGAAUCCUUUUAAAAAAUAAAAAUAAACAGGCCUUACAACAUAAAUAACGUUUUAUUAUAUGCAUGCUGCUAAAAUUGCCAUAAAUUCCUAUACGCAUAGGAUUCUUCUUCCUCUGUGACCCCUGCAUCUCCAUGCUAAUUGCUUAGAAAAAAAAUAAAUAAAUAAAAAAAAAAAUUCAUGAUACCAUAAAAUCCCAAAAAGGAGGUUUUUCCGGGGUUUCCAUUUUUUUUUCCAAUUUCCCAUUCCUUUCUCAACUUCGCCGCCCCUCUCUCACUGACCCACAACUUCCUUCUUCUGCCAUGCACGCACUCUCAACUACCACCGCCUCCGCCCUCCUCCUCCAACUCUAAAAGAGCAAUGAAACCCCAGACUCGCCGUCUAUCCACCUGUCACCGUCACCCUACCAAACCCAUCACCGGAUUCUGCGCCCCCUGCCUAACCGAACGCCUCGCCGGCCUCGACUCCGCCGCCGCCACCGCUCACCAUGAACCCCCGACCCAGAACCCCCAUUCCGGGUCUGAGCUCCGGAGAAGCAAGUCGUGUUCCGGAACGAGAACCGAAUCGUCGUCGGACAACGCACUUGACCCGACCCGGCGCAAGUCCUGCGAUGUAAGGGCCCGGAACACUCUGUCCGAGCUCUUCAACAUCGACGACGACCGCAAGGGAGUGCCGAGAAAGUUCGAUGUCGAAGUGAGAGAUGAGGAGAAGAACGAAGGUGGAGACGAAGGUAAUGUUUUGGAUUUGGAUGCGGAGUUCAAGACGAUGAAGGAGUUGAUAGAUCUGGAAUGGGAGAAGAAGAAGGGUGCGGGUAGGGAUUUGAAGGACAUUGCAGGGACAUUUUGGGGAACGACGUCGGUUUUGUGCGGAAAGGUGAGGCAAUGGCGGCGGAAGCAGAAGAUGAAGAAGGUUGAGAAUGAGGGUUUCGUGGCGGAGAAGCGGCGGGAGACCCAGUCGGAGGUUGGAGAGUACGCAUUGGGGAGAAGAUCGUGCGAUACUGAUCCGGAUCCGGGUCGGAUGUCAAUGGACGAGCCUCGGGCUUCUUGGGACGGGUAUUUGGGUCCGAGAGCCGCCCACCCGAGGCUGACCCGGAUGGUUUCGGUUGUGGAAGAAAACUGGGAGCGGAGUCCAGGCGGGUCAGCUCAGACCAAAGACUAUUACAAUUCGCAGCGGCGGCGGAGCUUCGAACGGCCGAGUUUCGAUCGAUCCUUGGCGGCGGAGGUUGAUGAGCUGAAGUUGGGAUCAAAUGCCAGAGUCUCCCCGGCCACUUCAGAGUUGUUCUAUGGGGCCAAGCUGCUGAUUACAGAGAAGGAAUUGAUGAGUUCGAAUUCGAAGUUGAAACCUGUUGAAGAUGAUGAGCGCGCGGAAGAGAGCCGCGGCGGCGUUGGGAUUGGCGGUGAACCUGUUUGUAAAAAUGCAGCUUCGGAAUCAACCAAUGGGGUUGAUGCUGACCACCAAAAGCUGAAUAGGCGGCACAAGAAGUGGAGUUUUUGGGGUUUGAUGCAGUGGAGAAGCGAGAAGAAAUGCGUGGAUGAAGAAUCCACGGAUUCUUGGCAAAAGCUGAGGAGGGUUGCCAAUGGAGAAGAAGCCAACGCGUCCGUGAGUCAGAAGCUGAUUCGGAGUUACAGCGUCAGCUGCCAGAACCAGUGCAAAAUGGUUGGCUUGUUAAGCAAUGUGCAUGGUCUUGGGGCGGAAAACAAAUGUAAUGAAGUGAAGACUCUGCAGAGGAACAAGAGUGCUCGGUAUUCACCAAGCAAUCUCGAUCAUGGGUUGCUGCGGUUUUACUUGACGCCGCUGAGGAGCUAUCGGAGGAGUGAAUCGGGGAAGAGCAGGCCAGGCAACAACUCACAAUCUCUGCCCAAGAAUGUCUUGUAGUUGUAUUUGUUAUGUUGUAAAGCCGAAUAUAAAUGCAUUUUCUUCUUUUAUGAGGAACA